GACAAAGCGGGCCAUCAUCAACUUUCUGACAUACUGUGAUACGAAGAUCUUCUUUCACAAGUCAGUUGAUGCUUCGGAUAAGGUGCACAACGCCUCAUACAUCCUCAGACUUAUGGAUGAGGUGAUUGAUCAGAUUGGAGAGGAGAAUAUCGUGCAGGUCGUCACUGAUAACGGGCCGCAAUAUAAGUUGGCCGGGCAGGUCUUGAUGGAGCGGCGACCACAAAUUUUCUGGACCCCAUGUGCUGCACAUUGCAUCGACCUCAUCCUGAUGGACAUUGGAAAGAUCCGUAGGGUGCAACAUACGGUGGAGAUAGCCUAACGCAUCACCAGGUAUAUUUAUAGCCAUACUUGGGUUCUUUCAUUAAUGAGAAAGUAUGUAAGGGGAGAAAUUCUUAGACCAGGAGUCACACGGUUUGCUACGAAUUACAUUGCACUUGAUAGCCUUAUCGAGAAGAAAGGAGCCCUACUUUAGAUGUUUGUCAGUUCCGAGUGGUAGGAAAGUAGAUAUGCCCAGGCCCGCACUGAAGGAAGCAGAAUGUAAAACUUGGUAAACAUGCAGUCAUUCUAGCAGCGGGCCAAUGCGAUAGUCAAGGCUAUCAAACCAUUAUAUCAAGUGCUGCGGGUCGUGGAUAGCGAGAGGUACCCCCAGAUGGGCUUUUUGUAUCACAUGAUGGAGAAGGCAAAGGCUCAGAUCAUGGAGGCAGAUGUAGCCCAUGCCCAGGAGUACAUCGACAUCAUUGAGCAUCGGUGGGGAGCCCAAAUGGGUAGGGAAUUGCAUCUAGCAGCAUACUAUCUGAAUCUCCGGUUUCAGUACGAGAGUGGAAUUGGUAUGGAUGAUGAACUUCUUCAUGCUCUGCGUAAUGUUAUUUAUAAGAUGGAGCCUGAUCCAGAAGUCGCCGCGUCAUGUAUAGAAGAGACCAAAUUAUUUAGAGAGGGCAGCCAUAGCUUUGGACAGCGACCAGCUGUCGUGAGCAAGACAACUAUGAAUCUAUGUACAAUACAAAUCUGCAAGACACCUCUGCAUCUGAAUUAUCUUCAAAUAUGAGGCCAUCAUAUAUGUAAAAUGUAAUUAUCUUCAAUAUUUUUGCAGCUGAAUGGUGGAUUCAUUUU